UCCACCUGAACACACCUGAAACUCUCGGCUCCUCUCGGCUGCAGCUUCGCUCUCAGGGUCACACGUUGAACUUCGGUGGAUUCUUUCAGGCUUCAGGACUUUUCUCUCCAGACGCAGCAAAGAGUCGAUAAUGGACAAAGUGUCGCAGAUGAUUUCCUCCUGGUUGCUGAUCGUCGGAGCCGUGACGGCACAGACAGCUCAGAAUCGCUCUGACGAGCGCCUCCUGCCUCAGUGGCUCACCGGCAUCAUCGCGGUCGCUGCUUUCCUCUUCCUGUCGUUCGUGGUGCUGCUGGUGAAGAAGGCCUGGUUUGAAAAGUCCAUGGGGACGAGGUCUAAGAGAGAAUCUGAACUGGUCCUGACCAACAGGGACACGUGUGUCCCAGGCCGGGACGUGGUCAGGAGCAAAGAAGUCAACGUGCUCGACUUCCUGGAGAUCGACAGCGGUGCUGACAAAGCUACUCCCAUGUGACCGACCUCAACGAUCCUAUUGGUUCUCGUAACGUCCUCUUCACAACUCGUAGACAGAAAACACACGUUGUCUCUACGACAUUAUAUAUUAUAUAUUAUAUAAAACGUUCCUGUGAAGAAUCAGUGAUUUGUUAUCAUUCCUCGUUUCCCUGAAUGAAAUGUUUCAUAUAAAAUGCAAUGUGAUCCGUCAUGUGAUCUGUCAGGUGAUCUGUCAGGUGAUCUGUGUGCUGACUAAUAAAUGAUUAAGAGACAA